AUGGGCAUUUUUAGCUUCAUCAACACUGGUAUGCAGAGCAUUGCCUCGUGGUGGUCGGACCGCCAGGCCGUGAAAAGUACAGACGCUUGCCUCUGGUUUGUCCUCGGCGCCGUCGUGGGCUUCGUGAUGCGGCCAGAACAGAAACCUCGCCGCCGGCUUCCCUUCCCUGGUACCCUCCUGAAAGAGGAAGCCUUUGAGGACCGUUCCUCCUACGACAAGGCUGUUGCUAAGGCCGACCACGAGUGGGCUAAAUUCUCGAAAACAAUGAGAGACAUAGAGAAGAAGGCGAAAAAGCUAGAGAAGGCAAAGGCGAAGGCGGAGAAGGAGAAGAAGCAGGACGAGGAGAUGGACAAAGUGUUGCACAAGGCAAAGCUCCUCUAUGGUAAUGAUACCACUUCGGAGCAGCAGGAACUAGGGCGUGCAAGAACUAUGUGA